UUCCUUCCACUUUGUGGAUAAAAAGAGCAUCCCUACAAAAGAGCAUCCCAACCCAGAGAAGUGGCUUGGCUAUGAAGCUCUGUUGAAGAAACCACGCCGGGUGCUAGUCAGGCAGUCAGAUGACAUUGCAACACCCAGCAUGGAGCAUGAGGUCAUGGACCGACCAGAUGUGCCAAACUGCCAGAGAGAUGUUGGGAGCCUGUGGGAGGACUGCACACUUGGAGACCACACAGUAACUACAGUUCAUAGACAGUACAAGUCUCCCCUGAUGCCUUUUCUCACCACUGCUGACCAGGGAACACAAUGAGCCGAACCUCUUCAAAGGAUUCUGCUUAGAACUGAAGUUCUCUUUUUGCUCCAUAGUGGCUUGUCGCUUGCUGCCUUUUAUUAAGUAACGGAACACCUUAAACCUCUCUACAAAGUAUUAACCAGGACUGGGCAAACCGCGCAUCUGCCAAAUUGGGACCCUACAAAAGAAAGGAGAGGAAACCUAAACCUGCUGAGACUCAGAUGGACAACAACUUCUGGAAGGGCAAGCAACCUCAGAUUCCUCCUGCUCUUCCUCGUGGUGUAGGUUCAGCUCCACUGGGCAGACCAGGAAGCCAGGGCAGAGGACAAGGACAAAAGGGGCAGGACAAGAUGUUUAACAGGCUACAGUCUCUCAUGUUUAUCACCCAGACUCAACCUUCUGCUAUGCUGUGGGGGAAGUCAUGGCAGUACAACAAAUCCCUGCCAAUACCAGCAGAGGGCUCCACAGCUACAACAAACUGGGGCCAGUGCUGGAUGUUUGCUACUCAGCAGCCCUACACUGAAGCAGGCAAGCCUUGGCCAAAUGGGCCCAACACGAUGGAUCCUCAUAACCUUCAUCUCUGGAAGAAACCUGACUACAGGGUGGUGGAAUCACAAGAGCUUGACUUGUGUCUUUCCACUGAGGAGUGGCAGAUGUCCUGGAGAAAGCCUGACAAAAAGAAUAAGAAGGAAGACACAUCUUCUGUAAAUGGAGAGAAUGUCCUCAAAUCUGGAUUAUUUACCUUCUUGGUGGAGACUCAGCGCCACAAUGAAGCCUUGUGCUCAUCAGAGUGGAGCGAGUCAUGGAGAUCCACCAAACCAGCAGAUCAGCAGGAUCAUUCUACUGUUCCAGAUGAUGUGCUUAUGAAUGAGUCCAUUGCUAAAAAGCAGGAUAAGGAUAGAGAGAUAAGUUCAAAGUGGGAAGAAUCUUGGAAGUUUAUCAACCACCAUGAUUGCAACAAAUCUAAGUCGUCACAAAAAUAUCAUAGUCCAGAGUGGGCCAAUGCAUGGAGAGCAGCCAUGGUGGUCUCCAACAACCACAAGAAUUCUGAUCUGUCUAUGAGGCAAGAUCACAGUGAUACCCAUGAUGAUCGGAGCCCACAGAAAGAGUCAAAUCUCCAUAAUGUCACGUUUGUGUCUUAUGAGCAGAAAUGCAGAGAUCUGUACUUGCAUCUUUGCAAUGAAUUUGAGGCUCUUGAUGAGUGGAAUGAGUCUUGGCAGGUGACCAAAAACAACUCCAAACCAUGUGAAGAAAUAGAGAAAGUCCUAAAGACAUUACCAUCAAAGAUGGAGACUCAGAAGGUGGAGGAAAACCUAAAAGAGCAAUAUUCAACAUCAGAGAAGGCAGACCCAUGCUAUGAGCAACUAAAACAUACUGUGAUUUAUCACCCAAAGAGAGAAUUCACCCACUAUAAGUUACUUCAUGAGAAACACCUGGAAAAUGUCCAGGAUGCCCCAGAGUGGAGGGAAUCCUGGAAGACACUGAAACAUAGAAUGAGGAUGGAGAGGAGAAGAAUGAGACCUGACCCUUCAAGGCCUUUUAGAGAGUCAGAGAAGGGAGGAGACAUGAAGCCUGAGGCCUCAGAGUGGAAAGACUCAUGGAAAUUCACCUGUCAGCCCAUGCAUCAGGAGCCUGAACUUUGGCAGCAGGGUUGGUCAACCACACCCAAAAUCAGAGCAGAUCGGGUGAGGGACCAGAAUCACUUUGCAUCUGUAGAACUCCUUCAGAAUGGGCAAACGGGGGAGCAGAGUUGGGAAGAAUCCUGGAGGUUCUCAAGAAACCAGGAAAAAUCAGAACAUGGGCAGGGUAAAGCACAAACAGCAGCUUCGCACCAUCCUGAAGCUUCAUGGGCACAUAAGAAGUACUUAAGGUCUCUUUCUGACUGGCAGGUAGCCUGGAUGGUCUCAGAAACUGAGUUCCACCAUGACAAACCCUCCCUAACCCAGUGGAUGGAAGCCUGGAGGUUUGCCUUCCACACAGAGCACUGCACUGAGCAGGUGUCUAGGAUUUCCUCGCAAAGAGCCAAAGCUAAAAUGAGUCACUCUUUUGACAACCUGAUCUUCAGGGAAAGAUACCCUGAGAAAGAGUGGAGUGAUUCAUGGAGAGCUGGGCCACUUCUGAACCAUCAACCAAGUCAUUACGGACCGUCAGAGAGCAGCACUGCUCCUCAGCAACAUACCACUGUCAAUGAGCAUGGAUCUAAGUGGGGAAUGUCAUUCAGGCUCGCCAACCCCAUGCCCCAUGUGGAACAACCCUGGGUGGAGUCCUCUCCCAGCCCAUGUCACUAUGCAAUCAUAUGGUCAAGAGGAAAGAACAUACAACAUAACAUCAACACCAGCUUUAGCAACAACCCUAUGACAUCAAAGCUUUGGGAAAAAUCCCAUCAGUUCCUGCAGGAGGCCAGUGCACAUAUAAAAGACAAAAGUAAGUCUAAGAAUCCUGUCGACCCGAGGGUGAUUAUAACAAAAAAGACCAACACAAGAAGGCAUUUGUACUCCAACAUUGAGAAGGAGAAACAAUCAGAGAGAAAGUGGACAGGAUGCCACUUGUUAGGUAAAACUCAACCACGUCCCAAGAGAAGCUCUGCCUCAGUAAAAAAGAUUAAGCCGGUGGAUGAAGCCAAACAAAAGUUCUUGGAAGAAUGGGCAGAAUCUUGGAGGCUCUUGGACCAGCCUACUGGUCUGAAAAAGCAGAUGACUUUCAAGUCACUUUUAGGUUGGGAUGAGUCAUGGAAGUUCCUCCUUCCACCUUACUAGACUCUGAAUCACCCCAAGGCCAAAUAAAAGUAAUGUCUCACUCAAGUUUUAGCUCAGUCAAAUCCAACAGAAUAUUUUUUUCAUAAUACAAAUAUCACAUACAAGGAUUAAAACUGGGCACAUACAAAUCUGCCAACAAAAAAAAAAAACUGAAUGCUUUACUUCUUGUUGUUUUUCUUCUAUUAAGUAUCAGCGAUCCCCAUAGGUUGAUAAAUUAAAUGGAAUGGCCCGGUAUGCAACAGUUAUGGGGCAAAACAGCUUUGCGAUUAUAAGCUAACAUCAGAUUUGGAAAGACCCUCUUUCAGACAAUAUGCAACAUUGUUUCUGAAAAAAAAUCCUUUAUAUACUAAAUGGUUUUGCCAAAUAAAUUGAGAAGGAAAUGUACUUUCUGCUCAGAUUAUGUUAAUUGGCAACAUUUUUUCCAGUCUGAGAAGUGUGAUAUUGUUGCAUUAUACACUAGUUGUAGGGACUUUUGAUACCAGACUGGGGUUUGAACCCUGGGGUUAAGGCUACUGACACACAUUGUUUAAGACUGUGGAUUUGGCCAAAUAUUGAAAAAGUAAACACGUCCUGUCUAGUGCUUUAAGUUACUAUUUAACCAAGAUCAGCAAACCUUAUACACGCACUUUAAGUUCCCUAAAAAGAAACAUAAAAGUGAGAAUCACCACUAUGUUUACUCUUUUGUGUGUUAAAUGUACAUAUAAAAUCAUCCUGUACAUCUUGAGUACUAAUGUUCAAUUUAACACUCAAAGGCAACUAUCAUCAUUGGGAACAUAAUGAGUAAAUAUAUUCCUGUCAGUUCAAAGGUUUAAAGUCAAGAAUGCUACGGUACUCUUACAACACACUCUAAUUGCUGUAAGAUUUAAACCUAAUAGUUGCUGUUUAUGUAAUAAUCACAAUUGCUUUGUUGAUAAGACUGUUUAAAGAGGGCAACUGUAUGUUGAGGUUUGAACUGUGAUGUUGAAAAUUUUGGGAAUUUUAGUAGAAAAUGGGAGAACAAAUGGAAGUACAGUCUUGUGUUAAUGAAAGUGGGUGUAAUCCCAUUUGAUCUGUUUUGAUUAAAGGGUAUUAAACAUU